UGGAAGGGGGCUGGACGACCCUGACUGCCAGCCGCGCAGCACGAAAAUAUGUUAAGUGUUGAGUGUGUGAGUGUUUCCCCUCGGUGUAAUGCGGAUGAAUCGGAUCAGUACGGAUCAGUAGCCCGUCCUGUCGGUGUGCAGCCUGUCUGAGCCCCGUGCAGGAGGCGGGCAUGGAGCGCAGCGACGCGGACGAGACCUGCGCGUCCCAACAAAACAAAAUGUGGAAACAGAUUCAAGCCAGAGCCAAGCCGCUGCUCAGCCCCAAGCUGGGCGCCAGAGACCCCGAGGACAAGAAGGAGCGAGGCGGCUGGAUGUUCAAGAAGAUGAAACGGAAGGAGGACGUCGCUUCGGACCGGGCGAUGUCCUCCUCGCAGCCCGACCUGCUCUUCUCUCAGGUGGAUUUAGACGCGAAGGAGGCGCAGCUCUGCGGCAAAGCGGCCAGGAGCGGCUCCGGUCUCGGCCGGGAGCAGCAGAAGUCCCCGCACAAGUCCACGGUGGCUCAGCUGGUGCAGUCCCACCACAAGAGCUCCUCUCUCGGGUCUGCGUGCUUGGAGAGGUUGGUCGAGGCACCGGGCGGCGGCAGCGAGAGCGGCAGUAGCGGCAGCGCAGAAGGCGAAGCGGCAACAGCUGCAGCGGCAGCAGAACCACAGCUGGAGAGCAGCGACGAGCCGCAGGGUGCGGGAGCUCCGUGCUCCUCAGGUGUCCCCUCUGAGCGAGCCGUCCUCAGCUCAGGGAUGUACAAGCUGGAGGUUGAGCUGAAGAGAGGACACAAUCUGGCGGUCAGAGACAGAGGAGGCAGCAGCGAUCCCUAUGUUAAGUUCAAGCUGGCUGGUAAAGAGGUGUUCAGAAGCAAAAUCAUCCACAAAAACCUCAACCCAGUGUGGGACGAGAAAACCACUUUAAUAAUGGAUAGUCUGAGUGAACCUCUGUAUGUGAAGGUGUUUGACUACGACUUCGGCCUUCAAGACGACUUCAUGGGUUCUGCUUUCCUCUACCUGGAGUCUCUAGAGCAACAGAGGACGAUACCUGUAACUCUGGUGCUGAAGGACCCUCACCACCCUGAUCAGGACCUGGGCAGCCUGGAGCUAGCCGUCACCCUGACUCCUAAAGACAGCCCCAUAGAGGAACGACGAGACUCGACGACUAUGCUGCUCAGGAGGUCCUGGAAACGAUCCACUAAGCAGCAGCAGUCAAUGCGUCUCUCAGAGCUGCAUCGGAAAUCCCAGCUCUGGAGAGGGAUUGUCAGCAUCGCGCUGAUCGAAGGCCGGAACCUGAUUCCCAUGGACCCAAACGGUCUGAGUGACCCCUACGUCAAGUUCAGACUGGGGCCCCAGAAGUACAGAAGCAAGACUGUGCCAAAGACCCUAAGUCCACAAUGGAGGGAGCAGUUUGACCUCCAUCUGUACGAAGAGACCGGAGGAGUGUUGGAGAUCACCGUGUGGGACAGAGACACCGGGAGGAGGGACGACUUCAUUGGACGAUGCCAGUUGGACCUCUCCACUCUCGCUAAGGAACAAACUCAUCACCUGGAUCUGCCGCUGGAGGAGUCCCGGGGCUACGUGGUGCUGCUGGUCACGCUGACCGCCUCGGCUCACGUCUCCAUCGCCGACCUGUCCGUCACUCCGCUGGACGACCCGCGGGAGCGCAGCGAGAUACUGAAACGAUACGGUGUGUUGAAGUCGUUCUCUAACCUCAGAGAUGUGGGCAUCGUGCAGGUGAAGGUGAUGAGAGCAGAAGGACUCAUGGCUGCAGACGUAACCGGUAAGAGUGAUCCGUUCUGUGUGUUGGAGCUGAAUAACGACAGACUACAGACACAUACUGUUUACAAGAACCUCAAUCCCGAGUGGAACAAAGUCUUCACUUUUAACGUGAAAGACAUUCACUCAGUGUUGGAGGUGACGGUGUUUGAUGAGGACAGAGACAGGAGUGCGGACUUCCUGGGAAAAGUGGCCAUUCCCUUAUUACACAUCCGUAACGGGGAGCAGAAGGGGUACAUGUUGAAAAAUAAAGAGCUGACAGGUCCGACUAAAGGAGUCAUCUACCUGGAGAUCGAUGUUAUCUACAACACUGUUAAAGCUGCUUUGAAGACUGUCGUCCCUGCAGAGCAGAAAUACAUUGAGGAGGAGCCAAAAGUCUCCAAGCAGUUGCUGCAGCAGAACUUUAACCGUGUGAAGCGGUGCAUCAUGGUCCUGAUUAGUUACGGGACGUACAUCAACAGCUGCUUUGAGUGGGAGUCUGCGCAGAGGAGCAUCACCUCUUUUGUGCUGUUUGUGGUGGUGGUGUGGAACUUCGAGCUCUACAUGUUGCCGCUGGCGCUGCUGCUGCUGCUGGUCUGGAACUACUUCUUCUGCCCGAGCAAGGAAACAGCUGACACGUCCAUGGAGGCCAUGUUUGAAUGGGAAGAUAUUGAAGAGGAUAAAGAGGACAAGGAUUCAGAGCCCAAGGGCUUCAUGGAUAAACUAUACGCCAUCCAAGACGUGUUCAUCAGCGUACAGAGCGCUCUGGAUGAGGUGGCGUCGUACGGAGAGAGAAUAAAGAACACCUUUAAUUGGAGAGUGCCUUUUCUAAGCUGGCUGGCGAUCACUGCCUUGUGCUCGGCCACGGUUCUUCUCUACCUCAUACCUCUUCGAUACCUUGUGCUGGCCUGGGGUGUGAAUAAGUUCACCAAGAAGCUACGUGAUCCGUACAUGAUCGACAACAACGAGCUUCUGGACUUCCUUUCCAGAGUUCCCUCUGAUGUCCAAGUGAUGCAGUACCGUGAGCUGAAGGUCGACCCCGGACAAAGUCCCAACAAACGCAAGAGGACAAACCUGAGCUAGCUGCUCAGUCGCGUCUCCCACUGUAAACACUGUAAACUGUUAUUUAUACAUUCCUUGUAUAUUUUGAAUUAUCGCGAGGAGCUGCAACUGUUGUUUUUGUUUUGUUACUGUGGAAAGACACUGAUUUAUUUUCUAAAAUCUUGUAAAAAUAAUGCUAAAUGUUUUUUAAAUCCCUUUUAUUUCUUAUAACGAUACUCGCACACAAACAGAAUGAACCUAAACAUAUAUAACAAUGUGAGUUAUGAAUGUAUAUGUUGUAAAGAGUAUGCAUGUGUGAAGCUACUGUUGCAUGGAAUCGUUGCACUCUAAGUUUUUUUACUUCAUUGAACAUUUUUGUGGUAUUUUUAAACUUGAUGUGUGUGUAAUGUUACUUUAAAGACAGAGUUGCAUGUUAUUCCUGCCAGUGUUGUUCCAUGUGUGACAGUGAUUACACACACUCACUCCGUAAUUAACGCCUCCAGUAAAAACACAUGUCAGAUCUGGUUAAAAUCCACAUGACACUAUGCAUGUUAAAUUUAUGAACUGCUCCUUUUAUGUGCUUUGUACAAAAUAGCUUCUUUCCAGCACCUGAGUAAAUAACCCUGACGACGUCAUAGUGAUGUCAUCAGGGGGUAUUUAGCCUCGGUCUCCGUGAAAGGUUGUGCACAGGUGGUGGACAAAAACAAUAUAGUAAGGAAAAGGAGAGGUCGUCCGGAUACUACGAAAACACGAUACAAAAUAACAACAACAACAACCAUUAUGCCAAGUACAUCGGCCAUUUUCUGCUACUUUAUGUAUUAUUACAGGUCAAGAUAAAAUAAGUAUACACAGCAGUAUAUAAAGUAAUUCAGUUUAGUCCCAUCUUUACUAUCAGCAGUGAUUAUAAUCUAGUAAAAUAACAUAUAUCCAUUCUACUCAAUGAGUACUUUUGAUACUUUAGCUGAUAAUACUUCUGUACUGUUACCAAAGUUACAUUUUGAAUGCAGGAAUUGUACUUUUAGCAGAGUAUUUAUACACUGUAGUAUUGCUACUUUUACUUGUGUAAAAAAUCUGAGUACUUCUUCCACCUCUGCCCAAAACAGAUUACUAUGCACGUAAAAAAAAACUGUAUUUCUACAGUGUAGUACUGGUACUUAUACUGAAGGAAAGGAUUUGAACACUUCCUCCACCACAGUCUUUAACCUGGACUUGCUAUGCACAUUUACUAACAUCACUUUACUGGUUUAUGUAUAAAUUGUCCCAACAAUAUUUAUGUUUUUAAACUCAUCAAAGCAAAGUGACACAAGAUCGGAAAAUGUUUUCUAUCACCCGACAAACUGAUAAUGUAUGGAAGAUUUAAAAUGCCUUAAUAAAAACAAAGCAAACAAAGUGCAAUGCAGUACACAUUAUAAUAUGAAUGUCCGUUUUAUGGAUGCAUGUAAUGUGUCCUCAAGCUGGAUAGAUAGUUUCUGCUCCCUUGCACCUCUUCGAGACACCUGAUCAGUGGUGGAAAGUUCUUUUUUUCAAUUACUGCUCUUAAGUUCAAUUUUGAUGACUUGACCUUGAGUUUUUUAUUUUCUGUUACAUUUUAUGUCUACUUCACUACACCUCAGAGGCAAAUAUUGUACUUUUUACUCGACUACAUUUACUUUCAUGUACAAACUCCCCAGCGGUAUAUAAAGUAAUAACCUCCACAUUUGCCAGCUGCAACUUUAUAUAGAAGUCAUAAAUCAAUAAUUAAUUAUAAUCAGGAUUGGGGAGUAACAGAUUACACGUAACAGCGUUACGUAAUAAAGAUAGAAAAAAAGGUAAUGUGUAUUCUUUUAGAGUACAGGGGGGAAAAAAGACAUCAGAUUACAUUACAGGGAUUACUUAAAGUUUCCAUGAAACGGAAAGCAGAGUGUUAUUUGCUUCCGUAUAUUUAUGUGUUUCCUGCAAACCCUCCAAACUCUGAUUAUAAUCCAGUAAUAUAAAUUAUUCUGAAAUGGGCCAUACUGCUUAAUGAGUACUUUUACUUUUGAGGCUAAUACUAUUUAUUUCUACACUCUGGUAUUGCUACUUUUACUUAUACUGGAAUUGUUUUCCAUUUAAUAAUGAAGCAGUAAAUGCAAACAUGAAAAGGAAAAUAUACAACAGUGUGUUUUGUAUUUAGCUUUAUUUCUUUGUUUGAUUUGUUUUUAUUUUUGGCAUUUUAAAUCUUCCAUAAGAUGCAUUAUGUGAGCAUUUUUCCAGGAAACAUUUGAUCCAAGAAGACUUAAUGUUUAAAUCCCAGUUUAAAGUCCAGCAGCAGUUUAUUUUACGUUGAAUCUUUGCUUUUGGCCAAACAGUCAGAGUUGGUUAUCGGUUUAUAAUCUCCGGAGUAUUUUACAUGUGGAAGGUUUUGGGAUGUGAUUUCCUGCAUGCCUGUGUAAGCUGUCAUUUGUAAGUGUCAAAGUGUUUUGCAUGACUGAACACAAAUUAUAUGCAAGUGCAUUUAUGGAUACUGAAUGUGAAGUUCAUCUAAUACGUCUGUUGCUUUGUGUGAGAUGUCCAGAUCCACUUGAGUUUCCAGGUAAAGAGAGAAAAUGCUGCGCUACAGAUCUCAUAUACUGUUUACUCUCUCUCUCUGCUGAGUCAUCCCGUCUGUCACUUUUGUACAUGAUCUGUUUUUGUUUCCUGUAGCACCAUGGGUAUUUUCUGCGAUCAAUGACAUCAAAAGCAGGACCUCUGUAACAACUGUGUAGCAUUUGUCUGAGAAAAUAUAUUUCUAAACAGAU